AUGCCUUCGUUGUUAUCACUACCACCAGAAAUCUUCAAUGCUGUUCUUGACGACGUUUCAGGACGCGAUGUCAUGAACCUACGCCUUGUCUGCCGCCAUACAAGUGCACUAUCACUCCAUCAAUUCGGACACAAAUGCCUGACGGAUCUCUCUUUUAUCUGGUCUCCGUAUAGCUUACAAGGAUUGCUUGAUCUCAGUGUACAUCCACUG